AUGGUCAAAAAGGUUAUAGACUCAAGAAUACCUACACUAGUAAAAAAUGGCGUGCAAAAUAAGCAUCGUUCAUUUUUUGUUAUUAUUGGAGACAAAGGAAGAGAUCAGGUGGUGAACUUACACUGGCUACUUUCACAAACUCAAGUUGCCUCACGACCUUCAGUAUUAUGGUGCUAUAAGAAAGAACUCGGUUUCACGAGCCAUCGCAAAAAACGCGAAGCAAAAAUAAAAAAAGAAAUCAAAAAAGGUAUCCGAGAUCCAAAUGAAGAAGAUCCAUUUGAACUUUUUAUUGCCGUCACGAAUAUUCGAUAUACUUAUUAUAAAGAGACGCAUAAAAUUUUGGGAAAUACUUUUGGAAUGUGUGUUUUGCAGGAUUUUGAAGCAUUAACGCCAAAUUUAUUGGCACGCACAAUUGAAACAGUUGAAGGAGGUGGCAUUGUUGUGUUAUUAUUAAAGACGAUGAAAUCAUUGAAACAGCUUUACACUUUAACAAUGGAUGUACACGCUCGAUAUCGAACCGAUGCACACGACGACGUCACCGCAAGAUUCAACGAAAGAUUCAUUCUUUCACUUGGAUCCUGUGACAAUUGUCUGGUGGUAGACGACGAACUAAACGUUUUACCAAUCUCAGCAGGAAAGAACGUAAAACCACUUCCAUUAAAAUCAUCACCUGAUGAAAUACCAGCUCAACAAACAGAACUCAAUGAAUUAAAGUCUUCAUUAGCUGAUACACAACCAAUCGGUUCACUCGUUCAAACAGCAAAAACGCUUGAUCAAGCGAAAGCAGUUCUCACUUUUAUCGAAGCAAUUUCGGAAAAAACGCUGCGGAGUACUGUGACACUUACUGCAUCUCGUGGUCGCGGUAAAUCUGCGGCUUUGGGAAUUGCGAUAGCUGCUGCGAUCGCUUACGGAUAUUCCAAUAUUUUCGUAACUUCGCCCAGUCCAGAGAAUUUGAAAACAUUAUUUGAAUUUAUUUUCAAAGGAUUUGAUGCUUUGAAAUACGAAGAACAUUUAGACUAUGAUAUUGUGCAAUCAACGAAUCCCGAUUUCAAUAAAGCGAUUGUCAGAGUAAAUGUUUUUAGACAGCAUAGACAAACAAUUCAGUAUAUUCAACCGCAAGAUUCUCACACACUUGGUCAAGCUGAAUUGGUUGUUAUUGAUGAAGCUGCAGCCAUACCUUUGCCAAUUGUAAAAAAUCUAUUUGGACCUUAUUUAGUGUUUUUAGCCUCAACUAUCAAUGGGUAUGAAGGUACCGGGAGAUCGCUUUCACUCAAACUUAUACAGCAAUUACGAGAACAGUCACGAGGAUUCAUCGGGCAUCAAAAUAAAUCUGCACAAUACGAUAAAGAGUCUACCACCGUUAAUCGUGAUGGCAAAACAAAAAAUUCGAUAUCUCAUGAUGGUGUCUCUUUGGGUGGUCGCACUUUACGUGAAAUCAAACUCGAAGAGCCAAUUCGAUACGCGCGAGAUGAUUCAAUUGAAAGAUGGUUAAACAAAUUAUUAUGUUUAGAUGCUACCAUUGUGUCCAAGAAUAUUCAAGGAUGUCCACAUCCCCAACAAUGUGAAUUAUAUUAUGUUAAUAGGGAUACUUUGUUCUCUUUUCAUCCCGUAUCAGAAACUUUUCUCCAAAGAAUGAUGGCUCUUUACGUUGCUAGUCACUAUAAAAAUUCACCUAAUGAUUUACAGUUGAUGUCUGAUGCGCCAGCUCACCAUUUAUUCGUUUUAUUGCCUCCAAUCAAAGAAGACGAUCACUCAUUGCCUGAUCCACUAUGCGUUGUUCAGGUUUGUUUAGAAGGCGAAAUAUCUAAACAAACCAUAUAUAAUAGUUUAGGUCGUGGUCAACGUGCUAGUGGUGACUUGAUUCCCUGGCUAAUUUCUCAACAGUUUCAAGAUGAUGAUUUCGCAAGUUUAUCGGGUGCUCGCGUGGUUCGAAUUGCGACUCAUCCCGAUUAUAUCCAAAUGGGUUAUGGAUCAAGAUGUUUAGAAUUACUUACUGCUUUCUAUCAAGGUGAAUUUGCUUCUUUGAAUGAAGACGACAGUUUCCAAGAAGAAAACAUUCCAAAAGUUUCCGAAUCAGACUUCGAAAAUUCAGAUAUCCACAAAGAGGCAAUCAAAAUUCGAGAUCCUCAUAAAAUGCCACCUCUUCUUUUGAAACUAUCGGAAAAACGUCCCAAUCGACUACAUUAUAUCGGCGUAUCAUACGGCUUAACUCGCGCGCUCCAUAAAUUUUGGAAACGUGCUGGAUUUGUUCCACUUUACCUACGUCAAACUCCUAAUGAACUAACGGGCGAGCAUACUUGCGUCAUGUUGAAAGCCUUAAAAUGUGAAGACUUGACAACAACAUGUUCACCUGAUUGGCUGGCGUUAUUUUCCAAAGACUUUCAUAAACGUUUUUUGAGUUUGCUCUCUUAUCAGUUUAGGACAUUUCCGAGCGUUUUGGCGUUGAGCAUAUUAGCAGCUGCUAAUUUUGGAAGUCAAGAUCCUAAAAUUACAAGAACAUUAACAAAAGAGUCUCUCGGUCUUAUAUUUACAAGUUAUGAUUUGAAACGACUUGAAAGCUAUUCGAAUAAUAUGCUGGAUUAUCAUGUUAUUCUUGAUUUAAUUCCGACCAUAGCUUCUUUACAUUUUGAAGAAAAAUUGGGCAAUGAAGCAAAUCUUUCGGGUGUGCAAAGCUCUAUUUUGCUUGGGAUUGGACUACAGAGGAAAUCGGUUACUGAUUUAGAGAAAGAAUUGACUCUACCUUCGAGUCAAAUACUCGCACUAUUCAUUAAAAUAAUUCGCAAAAUCUCUAAAUAUUUCACGUCUCUCGAGACGGCUGCCGUCCAAGCAAUCAUUCCACAUGAAACGACAAUAGUUCAAAAAAAGAAAUCUAACCCUGAAAAUGAAGCUGCAUGGGAUCCUAUGCAACAGGCAUUAGACGAUGAUCUUGAAGAAGCGGGUGAUGAAAUAAUGAAUCAAAUGAGAACAAAUCAACGGGAGCUUAUUGAUUCGAUGGAUUUAUCAAAAUACGCAAUUAGCGAGAAUGCUGAAGAAUGGGAAGCUGCCGAAACUCAGAUUUCUAAUGCUAGUAAAUAUAAAAAAAGCAAUGCAUCUACAAUGGUCAGCGUAAAAAUUCCAGAGUCGAAUAAACGGCGAAACCCUACAGAAACAGCAGCUGAUAUUGCUGCUAAGGAAGCAACAAAAUCAAGUUCUGGCAAAAAGAAGUAUAACAAAAAAAUUAGAAAAUCUUGA